ACAGGGUAGGACCACGGGCACCGACGACCGUGCAUAAGGCACAUAACCCGAGUCCCCUUCCCAUCGUAGCUAUCGCUCCCACGCUUCCGGGUGCCAGGACACCCUGUCUGCGUGAAUUAUUUACACACCACGACCAUACCGUACUGGUAGCCAAUAAGCAUGGUGGUGACCAGCAAGCUUCGAAACGCUUUCACUCUCGCAGCCAAGUGGGUUAAGGAACAUCACAAAGAAGCAAAUGCGCCCAAUAGCGUCCUCUUUCGGCUCUACGGGCUGUACAAGCGGUCGACAGCCGGGGCGUGCAACGUGCGUGUGCCCACCAUGCUGGUGGAGCCCAUCGCGAGAGAGAGGUACAAUUCCUGGAAAUUAGCCAGCGGCUUGACGGAAGAGCAGGCGAUGCGGGCGUACCUGGACCUCGUGCGAGUCACUUUCCCCGCCUUUGUAGAGGCGGCGGCCCCCGAGCUCAAGGAUUUGGACGAUCUACAAAGCGUGAAGGAAGAGAACCGGGCCCUCCUUGCCGAAACCACAGAGGUCUUGGCCCUGUAUAGCAAGCUUCAGCAG